AUGGCAACCCAACAACCCCUCUCCAAAACCCCCCCAUUCACCACGGCCCUCCUAGCCGGCGGCAUAGCAGGCACGACAGUCGACCUCUCGCUCUUCCCUCUCGACACGCUCAAGACCCGUCUCCAGUCCCGCGCCGGCUUCUUCGCCUCGGGCGGUUUCCGCGGUGUAUACCGAGGCGUGGGUUCCGCUGUCGUCGGAUCCGCGCCCGGUGCAGCCUUUUUUUUCUGCACCUACGAAGGCGUGAAAGACGUGCUGUCGCGCGCUCGGCGGCGGCGUCAUUCCGGAGACGAUGAUGAUGCUCUAGGACUUCGAGCAGGAGGAGGAAGAGGAAGAGGAGCAAGCACCUGGGCCGAGCCCCUCGAGCACAUGGCCGCCGCGAGCUUGGGCGAGGUCGCCGCGUGCGCCGUCCGCGUGCCCACCGAAGUCGUCAAGCAGCGCGCGCAGGCGGGUCACCACGGCGGAUCGAGCGCCGGUGCGUUGCGCGCCAUUCUGCAGCAAUACGGGACCGUUGGGUUCGGGGGUGUCUGGCGCGAGCUGUACCGCGGCUGGGGCAUCACCGUCAUGCGCGAGGUUCCUUUCACAGUUAUACAGUUCCCGCUCUGGGAAGCGCUCAAGGACUGGGGUCGUCGGCGGAGUCAGGGAAUGAAUGCAGGGGGCGUCGACGUCGGUGCCGGUGAAAGCGCGCUCUAUGGAUGUAUAUCAGGUGCUGUGGCAGCUGGCAUCACUACACCCUUGGACGUCCUGAAAACGCGCGUCAUGUUGUCCCAGGAGAGGGAGAGUGUCCUCACCGUGCUACGCGAUUUGUUCAACAAUCAUGGAGUACGUCCCUUCUUCGCCGGGAUCGGACCCAGGGUCGCUUGGAUCAGUGCUGGGGGCGCUAUUUUCCUCGGUAGCUACCAAUGGGCCGCCAACGCUCUGCAGAGUAGUUUGUGA